CUAUCAAUGUCAUAAUUGUAUUAUACUUUAAGUAAAUCGACAUGACAAUAUAUAACGCAAGUCAAUUUGAAUGUAACAAGUUCGGGACGUUAUUCUUUGUGUGACGAAUGAGAAAAUAAUUGGCAAAUUAUACAUACUCUUACACCACAUAACGACCGCAAAAUAAAAAUUUAUUAUUUUUUGUUUGUUGUUCGUUCCGAACCGUGUUUACGUUCAUCGAUAACAAAUUAUCAAAAACCAUUACACUGACUGUCCAAAAUCAGUACACAGACGUUCGUCGAACUAAUUUGUUGCUUACAGAAUUGGAGGUGUAAUAAAUCGGAAAUUAUGUAGGUCGGCGAAGAUGGAAUGCAUUACAGUGACGUGAUAUUCGUAGCAUAUAUGUGAUAAUUAAAUUACGAUAUUAAUUAAAUUUAAAAAAAAAAACAUAGAAGUUACACAACGAACAAACUGUAGACAUCUAAUACGACGCAAACGCUAAACUGAAUACUUUCCGAUGAUACUCAAUGGUGAGACCACAUGACAAUAUAUGGUUCCGAUAACAAGCAAUUAGAACAGCUUAAUUACGGUAGUUGUAAUCUUGAAAUCUGAAUCUUUUUCAGUUGAUAAAAAGUGGUUGACAUUGGUGAAUUAAAAUGAUUGCUUGUAAUACGAAACGCGUAAUUUAGUGAAUUAAGUGAAUUUAGUGUAGUGAGACAAUCGAAUUUGUUGAUGAGCGUACUAAUUACACACCAAAAUGUCUGAAGAUAAAGCAAAACCAGUGCCAUUAGCCUACGAGGACUUCGAAGAGAAAUUGUUGAGUGCAUCGGAUUUAAGUAGUCUGGCCAGCAGUGCUAGCAGCCUAUCACCUCCUCCUCCGACAAUACCCAUGCGUGAAAUUUCAUUGAUCGAACGGCGCGGACUACACAUUGAUGAGCUGAAGUUCGACGAAAAAAAAAUACAAUCAGCCACUGAGUCUUCAGAUGGGGAUGUACCCAUGUCGUCGUUGGGUCACUCAUCAAACCUCAUCAGCAGAAAUUUUAGAAGAAAUUCGGUGUCGUUACCGUCGGGCUUAGACACGGUUGAUAAUGAAGCAAUUCAACGGCCUUAUGUUGGUGAUAAGAUAAGAAAAAGUAAAAGCAACGGUGUCAGCAUAAGUGAUGUUAACGAAAUCGUCAGCAUUGAGGAUGAGAGCUCAGAAACCGAAAGUGAUGAUGAUGUUCCAAAGUACAGAUCAUACUUACGAACCAAACGUCGGCUAUCUGUUUCACCACUUGCCGUACUCCGUUUACACAACACCCGGAAAGAAAUGAUUGCCAACGAAUUCGAUCGUUCGGGUGGCGUCAGCAACCAAAACUCCAUUACCAGUGUUAACUCGGUUGCCAGCCUGUUGAAAGAGAAAAUUCAGACAUUUCCUUCGAUGAUGAGACGGAAGAAAAAGGUUACCAGUGACUUCAAAAUUAAAACGUUUAUCACAAUUCUAUUCCUGAUUAUUGUCUUCCUAGUCGGUUACGCUUAUAUUAUGUAUCAUCAGAAAGUACUGACCCGAUUGUACUUCGACACAGUGAAAUUCGGAAAAGAUGAUCGAAGUAUUCACCUCCACAACCAACGCGGUCAGGAGAUAUUUAAGGGAAUGUUGGGUAGGAACAUAAACGAAGUUAAGCCAUUCCGUUGCUUGGAUGAGAAUUUAAGAGAUGAUGGAAGUAUAUGCUUCGAAUGGGAUAAAAAUGCUCGGCUGUAUUUCAAUUACGAAGUAAAAGAUGGCAUCGAAUGUCAUGACAUCAAAUGGGAAGCACUCAGUCAAGAUGUCUAUCCUCAGGACUGUUACGACUUACCGGCAAACAAAGGGAAUUGGUACGGCGGAGGCAUAACAAAGUCAAAUGAAUUUCCGAUUGAUCGUGCAAGUUUUGAUAUGUCGCCGUUUAUAACGGGAGACUCGUACUCGCAGCAAUUCGGGAAUGCAGUGAAACGAUAUUUUAUCGGUGCGGAAGGUGUGGCUAUAAAAAUUGCGGAUGAUGUUCCUUUACACAUUAGUAUGAACCACAAUAAUUCUAGACAAUUUUGUAUGAAAGCAAUGCACGAUCAAUUUGCAUUCGUGAACCGUCUGACACCGAACGGAAUGCCGUUCUUAAAGUAUAAGAUUUGUCUUGGGAAAGACAUGAGGUCUUUACAUCAAUUUCUAACUCAACAGAGUUUGUUUGAUGGAAUGAAACAAGGCGAACUGAGUAUUGUUCAUUCAAUUAUGGAGGAGCCUGUGUGGCAAAUUUCCGCCAAUGGUGUCGACUACCUAAACACAAUGUCAAUUUAUAACUUCACCGAGCAAGUAGUAAAUUCCGGGUUUCUACGAAUCGGGCAUGUGUUGAUAAAUGAAUUUUGGCAGAAUGAAAUCGGGGACUACAAAGUGGACGAAGAGAGAUUCAAAGACUUACAAGAAAAAGUCGACAUUCUGCAUCGACGAGGUUUUAAGGUCGUAUUCACCAUUCAGCCGUUUAUUAGCACAGAUAGCCCCAACUUCGCUGAGGCCGUUCAAAAGAAAUUUCUAAUCUACGAGCGGUUGUCAGAGAGAAGUAUUCCAGCCCUUACGCGAUACAAGAGUUCAGUCAGCGCAGGCGUUCUAGACGUUACGAACAACAAUGCCGUGCCCUGGCUUUUGGAGAAACUGAAGAAAAUCAUCGACGAUUACAAAAUCGAUUCAUUUUUCAUUGAUUUCGGAACGGCAUACAAUAUGCCUCACUAUUACCAGUGCAACAAGAGUUUGGUGAAUCCUGACUACUACAAGUCCAUUUUCACAUCCAGUAUUGAAGAUCACGUUCCUAUUUUCGGUGUUUCUGGUGCCAUAUCUUUUCCGAGACCACCAGCAUUUCUCAGUCUUCCACCCGUCAAUUCGUCAUGGGAAGGUCUGCAGAGUGUCAUCCCUGCCGUCAUAUCAUAUGGUGUAAUUGGUUUUCCAUUCAUUUUAUCUGGACCAGUCGGUGGAGAUUACAGUCUUCCACAAAAUUAUCAGAAAAUUCCGUCAUAUCAGUCACUUGCACAGCCACCAUUACCCGACAAAGAAUUGUUCAUUCGAUGGUUUCAAUUGGCAACGUUUUUGCCAGCAAUGAGAUUCUCUCAUUUACCAUCCGAAUACAAGAAUGACUUGAUGACCGAGGUAGCAAAAGAACUAUUUGGAAUUCGUCAGAAAACGGUGAUCCCGAUUUUGAAAAAAUAUCUCAGCGAAUCGAUGAACGAAGGAUUACCGCUAGUUCGACCAUUGUGGAUGUUGGAAUCUCACGAUGCGGCAUGCCUGAAUGUUUACGACGAAUUCUCUGUGGGCGAGGAAUUGAUUGUGGCGCCAAUUGUUCAAAAGGGUCAAACCGUUCGAGAAGUUUAUCUGCCACAAGGAGUUUGGAAAGACGGCGUCGAUGGAUCGUUGCGGAAAGGGAGCCGUUGGAUUCAUAAUUAUCGGGUACCCGAGAAUAAAGUCGCUUAUUUUGUGAAGAUGCCAGACAAUACGAGAUUUUAAAACGUUUAGUCGAAAUUCGGUAGUGAUUCAAAUUGCGAGAUGGUUAAUAAUGUGAUAAGAAUUGUGAAAAAUUUUGUCGUUAUUAAAAGUUUUCUAAUUCGAUUGAUCUUGUU